AUGCAAGGAUCCUCCAGAGACAAUGGUGGUCGCCACCCUUUGUACAGAGGAGUCAGACAACGAAAGAACUCAAACAAAUGGGUUUCGGAGAUCCGUGAGCCGAGAAAACCUAACCGUAUCUGGUUAGGAACAUUCUCGACCCCCGAAAUGGCAGCAAUAGCCUAUGACGUGGCAGCUCUAGCCCUCAAAGGCAGUGACACUGAGCUCAACUUUCCAAACUCAGCUUCCUCUUUGCCUGUCCCAGCCUCCAUGUCUCCAGGAGACAUCCAGGCCGCAGCCGCUUCAGCCGCUGCUGCUUUCGGAGCUGCUAGGGAUGCGAUUGUAAUGGCCAAUAAUAAUAGCGGAACAAGCGGUGCUGCUCGCACCAAUAUGGUGAUGAUGAAUAAUAGUUGUGAGAAUACAAAUAUGAAUGGAUUCAUGGACGAAGAUUUGAUAUUCGACAUGCCUAAUGUGCUUAUGAAUAUGGCUGAAGGAAUGCUUCUUAGCCCGCCUCGUCCUCCCGCCUAUGAUGCUGCUUAUGAAGCUGAUGAUUUCACCGGAGGAGACGAUUACUUGUGGAAUUUUCCUUGA